AAAGGAGCAAUAAUAUUGUAUCCAAACAAGAAAGAGAGAAAAGGAAAAUAGAGAUCUCAAAUCGUCGCUACUACGCAAUAGAAUCCAUCGAAUUUUGCUUCAAUUAACACUACGCAUCUUCAUAACCUUUCCCUUCAGAUCAGAUCUACGAUCUCUAGUUUCGCAGAUCCGCCAUGGAUUUCAUGAAAGUCUUCGAUCAAACCGUUCGAGAAAUAAAAAGAGAAGUAAAUCUGAAGGUGCUUAAGGUUCCGGAGAUCGAACAGAAGGUGUUGGAUGCAACUGAUGAUGAACCUUGGGGUCCCCAUGGUACUGCUCUGGCAGAGAUUGCAACAGCUACCAAAAAAUUUACUGAAUGUCAGCUAGUUAUGAAUGUCCUUUGGACAAGAUUGAGUGAAACCGGGAAGGAUUGGCGAUAUGUGUACAAGGCAUUAGCUGUUAUAGAGUAUUUGGUAUCACAUGGAUCUGAACGUGCAGUUGAUGACAUUAUAGAACAUACUUUUCAGAUCUCUGCACUUUCUAGUUUUGAAUAUGUUGAGCCCAGUGGGAAGGAUGUGGGACUCAAUGUGAGGAAGAAGUCAGAAAACAUUGUGUCCCUUUUGAAUGAUAGAGAAAAGAUAAGUCAAAUCAGAAAUAAAGCUGCUGCAAACCGUGACAAGUAUGUUGGAGUUUCAUCUAGUGGAAUCACAUACAAGUCCGGGACAACCUCGUUUAGUAGUGGGAGUUCCCAGAGCAGUAGUAAAUAUGGAGGUUUUGGUUCAAGAGACAGUGAUAGGUAUAGUGAUAGCUACGGAGACAAGGGGCGCUACGAUGAAGAAAAAGUAGACAAAGAUUACUCAGGAAAAUCACGCUAUGGUGACUCAAGUAACGAUCAAGAAAACUCCUUCAAGAAGGCUUCUGCACGGUCUGUCAGCAAAAGCAAGGAAAAGACAUCAUCUAGAGCAUCGAAGUCAUCUGUUAAUGCAAGUUCAGUUCCUUCUCAAAGUUCAAGUGUAACUGCAAACAAUACUGAGGAUGACUUUGAUGAUUUUGAUCCUAGAGGAACAUCUACUAAGACUCCAGUUGGGAGCUCAAACCAGGUUGAUCUCUUUGGACAAGAUUUGAUUGGUGACCUCAUGGAUGCUCCAACAUCUGUUUCUGUAGAAAAGCCUGCAACUAAUGACGUGUCAGAGGUUGAUCUCUUUGCAGAUGCAGCAUUUGUAUCAGCACCACCACAUACGGACAAAGGAGCUAGUUCUCAACCACAGGAAGAAGUGGAUCUUUUUUCUUCACAACCAGCCAUUUCUUCAGCUACACCAACAGUUGACUUGUUUUCCAUUCCUGCACCGGCUGUGCAGCCUGACAGCAAGUCGGAAAACUCUGCUCCUGUGACUAACAGCACUUUUGAUCCCUUCGCUUCUGUUCCACUUAAUAAUUUUGAUGGAUCUGAUCUUUUUGGCGAUUUUACUUCUCAAUCUGAUACUGUAUCUUCACAGCCCUCAGCUAAUGCUAUCACCGAUGGUAGUACGAGUGCUAAAUCUUUAGUGGACUCUAACGUUUCACCUAAAAAAGAUGCUUUUCAGUUGAAAUCUGGCAUUUGGGCUGAUUCACUAAGCCGUGGGUUGAUUGAUCUCAAUAUAUCUGCUCCCAAAAAAGUAUCCCUUGUAGAUGUUGGAAUUGUGGGUGGAUUGAGUGAUGGAUCAGAUGAAAGGGAGAAAGGCCCUCCUCCAGCUACAUUUUACAUGGGUAGAGCCAUGGGUUCAGGAUCUGGCCUUGGUAUGUAUGGUGGCACUCCUUCAAAGCCAACAACUGGAGACGACAUAUUUUCAAACUUUGGCAGCCAAAACUAUCAAUAUGGUGGGUUCCAAAAGUAAAAUUAACAAACUGUAUACUCGUCCUAUCAUAAUUUCACUCAUUCUUUGUGUGUCGGCAUUAUCAAGACUGUUGAGCUAUUUGGAAUGGAGGAUUUUGUUAAUAUGUAUUUUUCAAACUAUUGUGAUUAUAUUAUUAUAGAUUCAUGUUACUGUUGUGCAUCUUAAUGUUGAUUACAAGUUCCAGUAUACUUCAGUGUCCAAAAAUUUGGUGACACGACUUUGAGUUGUAAAAUGCAUGGUUGCCUUGGCCUUUUUAA